CGCCGAUCCGUCAGGAGGCGCUACUUCGAUUGCGUGGAGAUACACGACCCUUCAAACGUGAAGGCGGCUCAUUCCGUCGGUGUUUACCGAAUAGAUCGUACGCGCUUCUGCGCUGCUAUGAAUCGCGAUCGGUUCUGUUAGUGAAACUCGUGGAUUACUGAAACAAAGAUCGCUUACAAAUAAAUAUAUUGCGCGAUAACACAUUCAUCCGGCUACUAAGAAUCUUUAUUUUGUUCCGCGCGCUUCACUUUAUUCGGAAUUUAUAAAUUGUUUGAUUGAAAAAAAAAUCGCAACAUUUUUACCGCGCCAAGACAAGUGAAUAAUCCUGGUGAAAGCAUUCGGGACCAUUUCGAUCGCUCGCGAACUUUCGCGCUAUUAGGAGCGGCAAUAAAAUGCAAGGUCUGAGCGUGUUCGCGCUGCUUCAAUGAAUUUUCGAGCGAGAGACUCGCGAGUGAAUGUUCCGCGAUUACGAACCAUUUACUCCAUCGAUCGUUGAUGGCGAAAUGUAAGGCGGAGUAUGCCCUGUGUUUAUCUGUGAGUGGAUCUCUGGGAACGUAAUGUGAAUCAUAUUCACACCUUCGAACUCUACGAGAUCGAGAAAAAUAUACCUUCGAUUGUAUGCGAUAUCUCGAUUGUUCUCGUAUACAUUUAUUUCCAUCGAAGAAUAUUUCAAGAAUUUUUCAUAUAUUACGAACUUUUGUUCCCACAGACUUUUUGUGAAGUAAACAACGUCUUGUAUAUCUAUACGUUUUUCUAUAUUUUUUUCCACUUCAUAAAUUCCUGUGCGGUUUUUCUUAAAUCGAAAAUCCCCAAAAAUCCACGACUUUUUGUAUUUAUACAGCUAUAUUUACAAACCCUCAUCUAUCAUUAUCGUAUCCGAUCAUAAAAAUUUUCGAAGUAUAAUCCUUAAAUUUUGCAACGCUCUAUGACAUCAAAUUCUCAAUUUCUUCGCCCCGUUAAUCUUCAAAUCAAACAUUUUCCGAUAAUUUUCGUCGAAGAAGAAAUCAUUUCCAAAGUCCUUCUUCCAGUAUUUGAAAAUGUCUUGAUGAAAUCGGUCGCGCGAAAAUCCUGAGCAAAAAUGAUGACGUUCGAUCGGUCGAUGGCCCACUUAUCGAUACUACUUUUCACCGCGUGUACCUGGUGCACCGCAGUCUUCGGCGAGCAGCAAUUCAUCGAGAAGCCGCCCCAAUAUCAGGAAGUGUCAUCCGGUGACGAUGUGCAGCUGCGUUGCACGGUGCAAGACAAGAGGGGUCAGUGCGUCUGGCAGAAGGAUCGGAGACCUGUGGGAAUGCAUCCGGAGAAAUAUGAAUGGGCGAGCACUCGCGGCAACGACUGCACCCUGCUGAUCAGACAUGCCUCCCUGCACUACGACGACGGUUUCUGGGAGUGCCAAGUGACGUCCAGCGACUUUUCCCGCCAGGACGCACUCUCGUCCGAGCAAUCCAGGCUGACCGUAAAGGUGAAACCCAGGAAACCACAGUUGGAAUAUGGAGGGUUCUUUUUGGGCGCCAACCUUACGCUGGAGGAAGGACAAGAAGCCGUGAUCUCGUGUGUUUCGAGAUACGGAAACCCUCCUGCGUUCAUCAAAUGGUUCAUAGGGAACAAGGAGGUGGAACCUUUGGGGGAGCAGAACAACGCAACGGAGGUGGAUAAUCGGAAGACCUGGGCUGCUCAUAGUCGUCUACGGGUGCGUGGUCAGAGGGAGAAUCACGGUCUGCCGAUCCGAUGUGUGACCGUGCAUCCGGCGAGUUUAACCCCGGCCACUGUGGAGUCGCGACUGGACAUUCGCUAUACGCCGGAAGUGCGACUCGAGACGAGUCCGCAGCAGCGCACGGCUCUGGAAGAUUCGGCGAGCGUCUUGAGCCUCAAGUGCCUGGCGAAUGCUAAUCCAAUAGCGAGCGUCAAGUGGUUCAAAGACUCGAUACCGCUUGGCACGUUGCUGUUCGAUACCUCAUCGGCAUCGCCGUCUUCGAUACAAAGCAUAGGCUCGCAGCUGAACGACAGCGUGUUGGUAGCCGAGCUGCGAUUCCAGCCGGUCAAGAGCCACGAUGCUGGCCUGUACUCGUGCAAGGCGGUCAACAGCAUCGGUGAAAGCGCUCCCGCAAGUUACAGACUCGAUGUGCAACAUAAACCAAAGUUGAAGAAGACAGAAAAUAACACUUCCAUGGACGUGGAGGAGACGGCUCUGCUGAGUUCCGCAGUGGAGCUCUUCGAGUGUCCAGAGUUCGAAGCCAAUCCACCAGCUCAGUACAGAUGGGUGCAUCUUCGUGGUGGCGCCACGGAAACCUUCGCGGAACACCGCGUACCAAACAAGGGUGGUGGCCGACGUCUGCGUCUGGAGAACAUCAUGUGGUCCGACGAAGGAGAGUACCGUUGCAUCGCCUUCAACACGAUCAACGGGGUCAAACAGGAGACCGCCAGCGAUGUCCAUUACGUGCUACAUGUGACCGGACCACCGGAGAUACAGGCCAGGCCGUUACCAGGCGACCGGGAUUUCUACGAGUCCAUCGGAUGGAGCGGCGAGCCCGUCCACAGGCUCAAAUCCCGAUUCUGUUCGCGACCACCCCCGAAACUGGUCGCUUGGCAGUGGGGUAGUUCUCAUAUUCGAGCUGGAGAAAAUAUUCAUCCAAAGUAUGACGCUCUACCGUUGGAGCCUAUCUUUGAGAACAAAAUGGUCACAAACUGUUACUGGGCUAAACUGGAAAUUAAGGAUCUGCAAAAGGAGGACGCCCGAAUAUAUACCUUGUUAGUAGAGAGCGAGAAGGGUCGGGACUCGACGAAUAUCAAAUUGAUAGUGAGAGAUCCUACGGAGAUGCGGAUGAUAGCCGCCGCUGUUGCAGUCGGUCUCCUGUUCCUAUUGCUGCUAAUCUCCAUCGGCGUGUACUCGAUCCUGAGAAUACGACGUGGACGGUAUCGACAGGAGAUGAUGGAAGAGGGCAGUAUCGCGGCCGACGCGCUUUACAACGGCACGUCGAUAAAUCAACAAAAAAAUUCUGUCAACUCGUCUCACGCAAAGACCUUUGCCAGAAAGUCCAGCCUGGACAAUGGCCAGAACGCGUACGAUUACAGUCACAUCGCGAAACAGACGCGUGCCAUGAGUCCGGAAGCGUUAAAAGUUAGAAGAGCACCGGCCGUUCUGCAACCGCCUACCAUCGUGUAAAAAGAUAUAAACCUUUCGUCAAAUCUCUUUCUUUUUAAUCAUCAGAUUUUAUUUCCCACAGCAACGGAUUUUUGUAUAAGUUUCCUCCCCAUCAGUCUAACGCCAUUUUUAACAAGGAUAUCUUUUUAUACAGAUUAUAUAAAAAAUCAGAGAUAUAUGUGUAUACAAAAUGCAUGUUGAUAUCGAAUAUUGUAUGUUGCAAUAUUUAUAUCGUAGACGCCUGAUAUAUAGCAUAUCCGAGAGACUGUCUAUUGUUGUUAUGUAUCUCUUAUGUCGUUAUUAGUUUUUUUUUUUUUAGUUUGUUAUUUAUUAUCGCAAUGUUCGUCUGUAUUUUAAUCCCCCCCUCCGAUAAGUAAGAUUACAAUAGUAUUUGUCUAUAUCCGAAAUAAAGAUACAUCGCGAUAAUAUUGUAUAAAGAACUCGUGUACCGGUGCAAAGUAUAGUCCGCGUCGUCGAAGCGGAACGAAGCGUAACUUUAAUAGCGGUCGCAUCUCAGUGAUUUUAAUGGCGGUUGCGCGACGAGGCGGGAUCGGUGCAAAACUGGACCUCAGAAACUGUUAUAUAUAGUUUCGUAUUUCUAUACAUAUUUCUAAAUCAAAGAACACACAUAUAUAUAUAUAUAUAUAUAUAUAUAUAUAUAUAUAUAUAAAAUAUUUUAAGUUUUUUUUUAACCAGCGACUGUCCUCGUUCCCAAAGUUAUGUAAGAUUAAUUAUUCCAACUUUAUAUAUGUUCAUAAUAUAAUAAAUUGAUUUUACCGGAAAUCAAUCAUUUUUUGCAAUAAUUAUUUAUUAAAAAUAUAUAAGCAAAAAAUACAUCAAACAAUGUAUAUUGAUAUAUGGACAUGUAAAAAAUAGCAUAA